AUGCCACUGCGAACUACCAAAGUUAAAACCUCUACAUACGGGAAAGGGAUUCUCGAAUCUGUCCCUGCACCCCUAGAUCCUGAUUCAGAUCCUGAAUUUAACCCUGGAAUCUUUAUUUAUGAGACUAAGAAACGCGGAAACCGCAAAGCAACGGCUGCUGAGGACGCAUCUCCAUCUGCCCCCCGUGGCAAGUCACGGAAAAGACGAAGCGAGGUUCUUGGGAAUUUUGAGCUAUCAUCCAGAAGUCGGAAGCGCCGGCCAAUGGAUCCAGAGGCGUCUCGACGCCAUAACCCACUUAAGGAGUACUUUGAUGAUGACCUUGGGCUUCAGUCUGCGUCUGAUGACGGCGAAGUGGAUGAAGAUGAUCCUGAAGACGGCGACUCGGCAGAAGAGCACGAGUCUGAACCUGAUCAGCCAGUAAUGCUUAGGACCAUAGCUGCAUUUAUUAAAGCUUCGAAGGAGAGCACUCCCAUCGUUACACAGAAAAGUCAUUCACAAACUCCAGUUGAUGAUGAUUCUGUCACUGAACCCGAGUCUGAACCAGAAGCUGAUCAGAUUUCGACGAAGCGGAAGUCACCUGCGUCAGAACAGAUUAUGCCAGUUUCUAAGCGGAGAAAAACACCUUGCCUACAUGACGAGUCUGAAACUGAAUCAGAGUCCGAUAUAGAUUUACCCACAGUCUCAAAGCUACUAGCGUCCAACACCGUGAAGCUUCCAGAAUCCGACUCCGAAACGGAGCCUGAAGACGAAGACGAAACAUACCCCAAUCCCAAUCUCCAUGCAAAGCCUGGCUUCCUGCUUGCUCCCGGUCAGAGUCUUCUCGGACCUAUGAUAUUGGACAGAGCAGAGGGUAUCAUGGUGCCCGCUUCGAUCAAUACCUAUCUGAGAGAAUACCAGAGGGAGGGCGUUCGUUUUUUCUGGGAUUUAUAUAAACAAGGUCGUGGUGGUUUGCUAGGUGAUGAUAUGGGUCUCGGUAAAACUAUUCAAGUGAUAUCGUUUCUCUCAGCAAUCAUGAAGAAGCACGGGGACGAACGCGAUAUCAACAGGCGUCGAGAUCAUGUGUCUGAUAUCCAGGAUGGACUGGAAUGGAAAAAACGUCGCGCUUUACCACCGGCGAACAAGACUUGGCCCACAUGUCUCAUUAUCGCCCCUACAUCUGUUGUACCAAACUGGGAGCGCGAGUUUCAGACGUGGGGCUACUUUGAAGUCGGAUCCUAUACAGGUUCGAAGAAAGAACGGGAUGAUGUUCUUACCGACUUCAAAAUGGGCAGGCUCGAUGUCGUGCUUACUACAUUUGACCUUGCCCGUCGAGACAUUGCGCUAUUGGAUGACCUCGCUUGGUCUGCUGUCUUCGUCGACGAAGCGCAUAGAGUAAAGAAUCCAAAGUCAAAAAUCACUUUAGCAUAUAAUCAAUUUGCAUGUCUUUGCCGCUUUGGUCUGACAGCGGGAGAUUUAGGCACAACCAUUCAAAAUAGCUAUAUGGAAGCAUGGACGAUACUUGACUGGACCAACCCUGGCCGGUUGGGAACAAGCAAACAGUGGAAAGGUUACGUUGUGAAGCCAUUGACGAUAGGUCAAUCUACUAGUGCGACGGAAGAGGAGAGAACAAAGGCUUUGACGGUCGCCAUUAUAGUUAGAGACAAGGUAUUACCCCAGUUCUUUAAAAGGAGAACAAAGGACAUUAUCAAGGACCAAUUACCCACGAAAACUGAUGAAGUAGUUUUUUGCCCGCUUACGCCCAUACAGGUUGUCGUUUACAAACGCAUCCUAAAUAUGAAUCACGUACAGAAUCUCGUCAGAAAAGACGAAAAUUGUGACUGCGGAUCAGGGGAAAAGUCGGUUUGCAUUAUAUACUCUGAGCAUGCUGAGAAUCGUGUUUUGUACAGGCGCAAAGACUGCUGCUACCAUAUUGAGAAGGGAGGCGUUCUCAAGUACAUGUCAAUACUCAUCAAGAUCUCAAAUCAUUUAGCGUUAAUACUUCCAGCCCCAAACGAUAGCCCGGAACAAACCCUACGAAAUCGGGAGCUCGCGGAAGUAGCCUUCCCGGGACAGCCUAUACCAAAGUAUGGGACAGCCAUGCUACUGCCGCAGUACUGCGGAAAGUGGGUUGUACUCGACACCCUACUUAAAGAAUGGAGAAAAGACCGCACGAACAAAGUCCUCAUAUUCACUAAAUCCGUCAAGCUUCUCGAUAUGUUGGAGUUUCAUCUCAAUACCAAUAGUUAUGGCUUCCUCAAACUGGAUGGAUCCACGAAGCAGAGUGAUAGGAUGCCUAUAAUAGAUAGAUUUCACCAGGACUCCGAAAUCUUCAUAUUUCUCAUCUCUACUCUUGCUGGAGGAACUGGUCUUAACUUGACUGGAGCGAACAAAGUGGUCAUUUUCGAUCCAAACUGGAAUCCUGCCCACGACCUGCAAGCUAUGGACAGAGCAUAUCGUUUUGGGCAGACACGCGACGUUUUCGUUUACCGCCUCCUUGGAGCCGGCUCAAUCGAAGAGUUAAUUUAUGCAAGGCAGUUGUACAAACAACAACAAAUGGCCAUUGGGUAUCAGGCCAGCGUGCAAACGAGGUAUUUCUCCGGCGUUCAAGGGGACACUUCCAGACAAGGAGACUUGUUUGGAAUCAAGAAUAUCUUCAAGCUGCAUGAGGAUACUCUGGCGACUAAGAUGGCUGUAAGUUCAUAUCUUUUACGCAGGAAAUAUUGA